AACAACCUGCUCACAAAUGUGUACAAAUUUGAGCAACAAAAGCAAUUUCAAAAAAACCCACACGGAAGCUCUUUGGUUCCAAAAUAAGUUUGUUUAGAUGUCCAACAACAUUGCUCAACAUCCUAUGCAAACCAUGGGUUUCAGUUUCAUGCUGUGCUUGAUACUAUCACCAUUCUUAUACCAGUCUUGGGCAUUAGAGGAGGCUAACAGUGGUUAUGGCUCAGAGCUCGAGUUGCUGAGUCGGGAGUUGCUGGAAUCGGCGAGAAAGCCGGAGUUUUUUGAAUGGAUGAGAGGGUUGAGAAGGAGAAUCCAUGAGUACCCAGAGCUGGGUUUUGAGGAGCACAGGACGAGUCAACUCAUCAGGACCGAGCUUGACUCGUUGGGGAUUGAGUACAAGUGGCCGGUGGCCAAGACUGGGGUGGUGGCUUCCAUUGGGUCUGGGGGUAAACCAGUUUUCGCUCUCAGAGCUGACAUGGAUGCCCUCCCCUUGCAGGAAUUAGUUGACUGGGAGCACAAGAGCAAGAUCGACGGCAAGAUGCACGCAUGUGGUCACGAUUCCCAUGUAGCAAUGCUACUUGGAGCAGCCAAGUUACUUCAAAGCAAAAGAGAUGAAUUGAAGGGAACUGUAAAACUAGUUUUCCAGCCAGGAGAAGAGGGUUAUGCCGGUGCUUACCAUAUGCUGCAAGAUGGCGCUCUAGAUGACGUCGAUGCAAUCUUGAGUAUACAUGUUUAUCCAGCAUUUUCUACUGGUGUCAUUGCUUCGAGUCCCGGUCCAAUUCUUGCCGGUGCUUGGGACUUCUCAGCCACGAUUCAAGGGAAAGGCGGGCAUGCAGCAGGCCCACAUCAGACUAGGGACCCGAUUAUCGCAGCAGCCUUCUCAAUUCUUGCUCUCCAACAGAUUGUAUCUCGAGAAACUGAUCCUCUUGAAGCCAGGGUAGUUACUGUUGGGUUCAUAAAUGGAGGUCAAGCACAUAAUGUAAUCCCACACUCUAUGAAGUUUGGAGGAAGUUUUAGGAGCUUGACGACUGAAGGUCUCUACUACAUGCAGGAAAGGAUCAAAGAGGUCAUAGAGACACAAGCCGGCGUGCACCGAUGCAGUGCGACGGUGGACUUCAAGGAGGAGACGCCAAUGCCUCAUCCAGUAAUGGUUAACGAUGAAGCACUAUAUGAACACGUGAAGAAGGUUGGUGAAAUCCUGCUUGGGAAACCCAAUGUUCAGAUUUUCCCGGUGACCAUGGGAGCGGAGGAUUUCAGCUUUUUCUCCCAGAAAACUGCCGCUGCAAUUUUUGUGGUUGGGACAAAGAAUGAAACCCUAAAAUCAGACCACCACUUGCACUCUCCUUACUUUUUUAUUGAUGAAGAUGCUCUUCCAGUAGGAGCAUCACUUCAUGCUGCUGCGGCAAUCUCGUACUUGGACAACCAUGCUGUCGAGCCUCGCAAGAAACAUGGGUUUGUUUUGGCUUCUCGAAACGAAGAACUCUAAGAAACAUCCAUGUAUGAAUAAAAUAAAAAUAAUUACAGUAAUAA